GUGCGCAGGCGCAGUCUGCGCGGGGCUUGCGGACGGCUGCGGAGAGCGGACAUGUCGGGCGUCCGGGCGGUGUCGCGGCUGCUGCGCGCCCGGCGCUUGGCGCUGAGCUCCGGGCAGCCAGCAGCAUUGCAGACAGGAGCCCGCAGUUUCCACUUCACCAUUGAUGGCACUAAGAGGUCGUCUGCCAAAGUUUCAGAUGCAAUUUCUACCCAGUACCCAGUAGUGGAUCAUGAAUUUGAUGCAGUGGUGGUCGGCGCUGGAGGGGCAGGCCUACGAGCUGCAUUUGGUCUUUCUGAGGCAGGGUUUAACACGGCCUGUGUUACGAAGCUCUUUCCUACCAGGUCACACACUGUCGCAGCCCAGGGGGGCAUCAACGCUGCACUGGGGAACAUGGAGGAGGACAACUGGAGGUGGCACUUCUAUGACACUGUGAAGGGCUCCGACUGGCUGGGGGACCAGGAUGCCAUCCACUACAUGACGGAGCAGGCCCCCGCCUCCGUGGUGGAGCUGGAGAACUAUGGCAUGCCGUUCAGCAGAACCGAGGAUGGGAGAAUCUACCAGCGCGCCUUUGGAGGACAGAGCCUGAAGUUCGGGAAAGGCGGGCAGGCCCAUCGGUGCUGCUGUGUGGCUGACCGCACUGGCCACUCACUGCUGCACACGUUGUAUGGAAGGUCUCUGCGAUAUGAUACCAGCUAUUUUGUGGAGUAUUUUGCCUUGGAUCUCCUGAUGGAAGAUGGGGAGUGUCGUGGAGUUACUGCCCUGUGCAUAGAGGAUGGGUCCAUCCACCGCAUCAGAGCAAAGAACACUGUUGUGGCCACGGGAGGCUACGGGCGCACCUACUUCAGCUGCACGUCUGCCCACACCAGCACCGGGGAUGGCACUGCCAUGAUCACCAGGGCAGGCCUUCCCUGCCAGGACCUGGAGUUCGUUCAGUUCCACCCCACAGGCAUAUACGGUGCUGGCUGUCUCAUCACGGAAGGGUGUCGCGGAGAGGGCGGCAUCCUCAUUAACAGUCAAGGCGAAAGGUUCAUGGAGCGGUACGCCCCUGUCGCAAAGGACCUGGCAUCCAGGGACGUUGUGUCCCGGUCCAUGACUCUGGAAAUCCGUGAAGGAAGAGGCUGUGGCCCCGAGAAGGACCACGUCUACCUGCAGCUGCAUCACCUGCCCCCAGAGCAGCUGGCGAUGCGCCUGCCAGGCAUCUCAGAGACGGCCAUGAUCUUCGCAGGCGUGGAUGUCACCAAGGAGCCAAUCCCCGUGCUCCCCACUGUGCACUAUAACAUGGGCGGCAUCCCCACGAACUACAAGGGGCAGGUUCUGAAGCAUGUGAACGGCCAAGAUCAGAUCGUGCCAGGCCUGUACGCGUGUGGGGAGGCCGCCUGCGCCUCUGUGCAUGGCGCCAACCGUCUGGGGGCCAACUCACUCCUAGACCUGGUGGUCUUUGGCCGAGCGUGCGCCCUGAGCAUCGCAGAGUCCUGCAGACCCGGAGAUAGGGUUCCCUCGAUUAAACCAAAUGCUGGGGAAGAAUCUGUCAUGAAUCUUGACAAAUUGAGAUUUGCUAAUGGAAGCAUAAGAACAUCGGAACUGCGACUCAACAUGCAGAAGUCGAUGCAGAGCCACGCUGCAGUGUUCCGUGUGGGGAGCGUGCUGCAGGAGGGCUGUGAGAAGAUCAGCCAGCUCUACCGCGACCUGCAGCACCUGAGGACGUUUGACCGGGGAAUGGUUUGGAACACUGACCUGGUGGAGACCCUGGAGCUGCAGAACCUGAUGCUCUGUGCCCUGCAGACCAUUUACGGAGCAGAGGCCCGGAAGGAGUCACGGGGCGCUCAUGCCAGGGAGGAUUUCAAGGAGCGGGUUGAUGAGUAUGAUUACUCCAAGCCCAUCCAGGGGCAGCAGCAGAAGCCGUUUGAGCAGCACUGGAGGAAGCACACGCUUUCCUACGUUGACAUCAAGACAGGGAAGGUCUCGCUGGAAUACAGACCUGUCAUCGACAGAACGUUGAACGAGGCUGACUGCGCCACUGUUCCCCCAGCCAUCCGCUCCUACUGAGGAGACUGGAGUACCCCGCUCUUGUAAUUAUGUGUAACAGCUCACACCCGUGUUCGUGUCGUGACCGCCGCCUUCAGCUGAGGACGCAUCCGAGGGAGAUUGCCUGCAGUGACCAACAGCCAGGAGUGUUCCACUUGUCUUUAUCCCUGCUUCAUUCUUGGAAAGUAAUCAAACUGGGCAUGAUUCUUAAAUGAAGCGAAAGUUACAAACUUGCUUUUACUUCCAAGCUCAUUUAUAAUCUUAUACUGUUUGACUUGAGGCAUAUUGUUGACCUGAAAUAUGUGCCUGUCUUUUUAUUCUGUCACAUCAAAGUCAAGAAAUUUUGUUGUAAUAUAUGUUUGAGUUAGAAAUGAAUUUGGGUGCCUGACAGCAAAUGCAGAAAACAGACAUUUCCUCCUUGUUCUUAGCAUAUGGUUUGAUAGGUGAACAUGUGUCCUGAAGUAUUUAAAUGACCAAAUACUAAUGGAAGCUGAUGUGGCUGUGAAUGGAUUUCUUCCUUUUCCCACUUCUGUGCAGAUGCCGCUUGGGCCACCUUCUAGGUUCUUGUCUUGGGGCAGUUUUUGUAGAAUCCAGUCCUAGGCAGUCAGGUUCAUUUGUUUCAGAUUCUAUUCUUCAAGUUUAAAGAUUACCUUUAAGAUUUUCAGUUUGUAAAUAUGUAAAGUGUUUACAUGAUUCCAAGGCCCGUGUGUUCAGAGCUCACCUCCUUAGUUGUCCCCCCUGCUCCCUACUCCCCUCCAUGGCCCCCACUGUGUUUUUUCUUUCUAGUUAGUGUCCUGAGGAAGAAGAAAGGAAAUACAUGUUUGUAUUAAUUAGUAAACUGCUCUGCCCCUUGCCUGCACAUUCGGGGUCCUUCCUCGUCAGCCGACCUUCCUCCCUCCUCCUUUUGGCUGCUUCGUGCUCCACUGCACGAGUGUUCUGUCCUCUAGCGGGACGUUUGUUGCCUCAGUGAGUAACUGUGUGGAGUCGUUUUCUUUGCCAGUUUCUCAGAGGGGGAGUCCUAGAAGUAGGAUCCCUGGGUCAGAGGGCAAGUACACUUGUUUUGUGAGAUGCUGCAGAAUUCUCUUCUGUAGGGGCUGUGAAAUUCUGCAUUGCCACCAGUAGUGCCCGAGUCCCUGUUUCCCACAGCUCUGCAGAGAAAGUAUGGUGGUAAACUUCUACCAUCCAAACUGUAAAGAUUACAUCUGAUUGAAAUAGGUUGAAUAUAUUAAAAACUGAAUUCAUAAUGGUAAUUUUAAAAAACCAGAACCAAAUAAGAAUAUAAUGAAUGACUCUUGGAAGUAACUAGGGCACUGACUGCUAACACUGACAAUGGACAAUUAAAGGAAAAUGAUGAAAUGAC